CACAUGCGCGACUAUGGCAGCUAAAUUGGCGCGAUAAAGUGGACAAAAAAAAUCGUUAGCUAAUUUUUGUUUAAAUAAUUCGUUGUUUUUAUUAUUUUAAUGGUUAAUUUAAAAGUUUGUUAGUUUAUAAAUAAUGAAUUUGUCAUGUGCAAUUUGUUGCUCGCGUUUAGAUCCGAGUGAUGAUAUUUUUUCAACUAGUUGUGGUCAUGUUUUUCAUUAUCCGUGUUUGACACAAUGGCUGGAAAGGUCAAAAACAUGUCCUCAGUGUCGUGAAAGAACAAGUAAUUCAAAAAUCCAUCGGCUUUAUUUUAAUAUAACAGCCAACGACUCGAUUCGCGAUGACGCUGUUUUACUUCAAGAGCGAGUUGAUAAUAUGCAGUUUCAGGUUUUAAUGAAAGAUAAAGAAAUAUCAAACCUAAAAGGUGAUGCAAAUAAAUAUAAACACCAAACAGCUGGACUGAGAAAGGAAGUGUUGAAAUUAGAAAAUGAACUACAGCAGAAAAAUACCGCAAUUGGUGCUCUGAGAGAGCAAGCAAAACAUUUUAAAGCUGCUAGCGAAGAAGCAAAAAAAUAUAAAGAGCAAGCUGAUAUAUUUAAAACCAAAUUGGAAGACAUUAAAGACGUUCAAAUGAUUUUAACAUCAACCGAUUCAGAAGUUGAUGACAUUAUUACGUCAACUGAUGAACGCAAACUUUCAAUUUAUGUCACUGUUUUAAAAAGAGAGUUGACAAAAUCUGGGGAAAAUCGUCGUGUACAUAGAGAACAAAUAAGAAAAUUAAGAGAUGAUUUAAUGAGAGCUAAUGGAGAAAUUGAUCGAUUACGCGAACAAUUAAAAAGAACCGCAAAUAUUGAGGGAGUUAUGACUAGAUUGGAAACUGAAAAUACAGAGCUGAGACACCGUUUGGAAGAAAUACUGGACACGCAGAAUAUCAAAAGUAAUGAUAAUGAAACGAAAAAAGAUAAUGGAAAAAAAAAUUCGAUGAAAACGAAUUCGCAGACUAAUAUACUGACAGCUAAAGAUACCAAUGCUACGAAUAGUAAUAAUAAUUUUAAAAGUCCCAGCCAAGUUGAUGAUGACAUUGAUUUGACUUUGGUAAAUCCCCGUUACAAAGUGCAGAAUAUGGUGCCGGAUAUGAAAAGAAAAUUAUCUACUCUUAACACGGGAUCUAGUUUGUCUGGUAAUUCAAUUUUGUCAAAAAAACCACGUCCUGCAUAUGAUCCAAUGGCUCUAACAAGACCACGGGAUGAAACGUACAUCUCAGACGGACUCGGUGGUUAUAAAAAAUUUGAAGAAUUUCCUACUGGUAAUAAAAAUAUAAUUAAAAAAAAAUCAACCGUACGAUCAAAUUCAGCAUCGGGACGAAAACCAAAAUCUCAAGCCAAUGAUUUGCUCAAUCGUAAUCUUGAUGAAUUUGUCGACUUAACGUAAACAAUAAUUAUUUAUUUAAAAAGAAAAAAAAUCAAAAUUUUAUACAACAUAUUUAUUUAUUUAUAAGAAAAACAAAAUAGACGACUGAUCAAUAACUCACAAUUAAAAUAAUUGCGUUUUAUUUAUGUACUUUAUUUUUAUUCAUGUAUUUGGUUUAUGUUUAUAUUUAUUUGUUGAAUAUUUUUAAUUAAUAACACGUUAUUAAAAUGUUAAUUCAUUUAACAAAAAAUCCAGUGGUUUAAUUUUACACACA